GAGGGAAAUUAACCUAAAGUUACCGACUUAAACAAAUUUUGAACACAGAGAAACCUAAUAUGGGUACCCGCCUUGUAAAGCCAUAAGUCAGGCAACAGUGGCGGUCGAAUUGCUCCCGCCACCACCUUCGGCCUCUGAAUCUGGAAUAACUUUUCCACCGUGGGCUUAAGGAGUUUGAAACUUUAGUAGCGGCUUUCCGGCCCGUGGAUUGAAAUGGGCACUAAUGGUGGAACCAAAAGGUUGCAACUUUCUGCCCCAUCCCAGCCGCCGCAAAAGAUCAACGUUCAGAAAUUCGCGGAGUCGCGAACCGGCGAACUCGAGUCCCUCCACUCGAUCGUGGGCAAUCGUUUAGAAGGAGAUUUCAGGUCUCGGCGGAGCAAGAGAAGGCGAACCACCUCCUUCAAUAGCAAAGCCGCUAAGAGAAGGCGUAAAGUGCAGGGAAGGAACUUAGACGAUGAAAAGAAGAAAAAUAAAAAUGACAACGAAAAUAUCAGCAUUCCUCGUCGUAUUCGUCGGAGAGCUCAAAUGAGAAUAAACCCUGAAGAGGGUUUUUCUGUUUCACAGGACGGGACAAAGAGGCUUAGGACCCACGUGUGGUAUGCGAAGAGGUUCACCAUGACAAAGCUCUGGGGUUAUUAUCUACCUCUGGGUCUUCACGGCAGUGGAAGGGGUUCUAGAGCUCUGUUGAAGUGGUUCAGAAAUGCAGUUCUCAUUCAUGAUGCAAGCUAUAAUGUUGCUGUUCAAUUGGAGGGUCCCGAGGGUUCUUUAUUGUCAAUUCUAAGCACGGUGCUGGUGCCUUCUCCAUCGGUUUGUCCUGGUGAUGUUUCUAAUUCUGUCAUUUCUGGUGCCAUCUAUGAUUAUGCAGUGCUUCACCAUAUUGGUGCACCAGUUUCUAAGCCAAUCGCUCCUGUAACAUAUAUGUGGCGACCUUGUUCCUUGAGAAACAGGGAUGGUGAUGAUGCUUCUAUUAAUGGUCUAGGAUCUAUGAAACCAGAGAUUACAGAGUCCAGGUCUUCUUUUCGUCAACUUUGGGUCUGGAUACACGCUUCUGCUUUUGAUGAAGGAUAUGGUGCUCUUAAAUUUGCUUGCGAGAAAGAGAUGGAAGAGAAGGACAUAUUGAUCCAUUGUUUUUCACGUGAGGGUCAGCUUGCAAAAUUAGAAGUAAUGGGAUCAAAGGCAUUUGAACUUCUUCAAAAGGCAUUACCUGUUACUUGGAUAUCAGAGGAUUCUCAGCAAGUAGAGAAACAUUCAGUCGCUGAAGCUGACAAUGGUUCUCAACUUAGAAAGAAUUGUGUACUUCAAAAUGAGGAUCACAUAUCUUCUAAAGCAAUGUUAUCUCUUAGUGUCAUGGAUCCUCGAACAAUAACAAAGAAAGGAAUGAUUCCUAAUGUUCCAGAGGCAGUAUCUAAUGACAUGCCUUGUGAUAUUCCAGGGAAUGAAAUUGGAGAACAUACUGGCAUAGCAGAAAUUUCAGACAGGUGUAAAGAGUCAUUCCCAUUGAGCUCUGAACCUGGCAGCAAUGGCACACUCACUAGCAGAAAUUUGUGGGAUGCUAGCUCUGGUGUCAUUCCUCCUGUAGAAGAGAGUAUUCUUUGCAAGGAGAAACAUGAGCUGCAAAAGAAAUUUUUUUUCCUUGAUGGUCCAACUUCAACUGAGGUGCAAUGCUCUAGAUGUUGCCCUACUAUGCUUCUCAAAGAUAAGAACAAGGAGGGACUAGCUAUUGGCUGGUCUGUUGUACUCCCCCUAAGUUGGGUCAGGGCGUUUUGGGUUCCUCUGGUCUCUAAGGGUGCUCAUGCAAUUGGUUUGAGGGAGAAGCACUGGGUUGCAUGUGAAGUCGGUUUGCCUUGUUUUCCUUCAGAUUUUCCAGAUUGCAAUGCUUAUUCAAGCCUGAAAGCAACUGAAGCUGUUGCCUCUAAUCUUAAAGAGGAACUUCACCCUUUAUCAACACGGCCCUUGAGGGUUCCCAUUCUACCACCAUGGGAUAGUGUCCGAGUAACUCUAAACAGACUACUCACGACAGUUGGAGAUCCUAUAAUUUGUAGGGAAGGAAAACAUGACGACAGUAAUUCAACAUCAAAUAUGGAUAGUGCAUCUUGUGACGCUAGAUUACAUGGUCACUGUACUUCACUAGACAGUUUUGUAGCAAGGACGUCUUCUUUGUUGACUAAUUUCUUGAAUGAAGUCAAAGGGGAUCAUUUGCUUCUAUUUCCUCGAAUAGCAAAUAAGAAGAAAUCAUUUUCAAAGGUUGCGAAGGAUGAAAGCAAGCUUGGGCAGGGUCAAAAUGGAAUUACCAACAUUAUUUGGAAUCGUAAACUAUGUUUCCUAAGGGUUCUUCUUCGGGCAUACAAGGAAGGUUCUUUUGAAGAGGGGGCAGUUAUUUGUGCACCUCGUCCCACUGAUAUAUCAUUGUGGACUUUAAGUUCAGUGAACAUUGAGGGAGGACUUCAAAUCCCCCAGUCUGCUGUAACAUCAUACUUCAAAGAAGAGUCUUCUGGCAAAUGGGAACUUCAGAUGCCAGAAGAUACUACUGCAAGUGAAUCUCAUCGAAUGCCAGUGGGCUUCGUCACAACUGGAUUUGUCAGGGGGAGCAAGAAGCCAAUGGCAGAAGCAUUUUGUGAGGCGGUGUUACUUGCUCACCUUCGAAAAGAGCAAUGGGAUGAUCCGGAAGUAAAGCGAAGAAAGAAAGAGAUAUAUGUUCUUGUCCGGAAUCUCCGAUCCACAGCAUAUAGACUUGCUCUGGCCACUAUUGUUCUGGAACAUCAGGUUGAAGAUGUAGAAUUCCUGUGAGUCUGUCAUUUUUAUAUGCUCUCUACUUUUUGAUGCAAUCUAUUAAAGAACUUAGAGGCACCAUCAGUCAGUUUUACCUUGGUCGCUUAUGUACAGAGUAAAUAUUAUUAUAAUAGUGAUGUUUUAUAAUAUUUGAAUUAAUAAAUAUUUCUUUUUAAUUGAUUUUCAAGGUAUA